AUGAACUUCAACCCCGACUACGAGACUAUAGCCACAGCAUUCGUGCAGCACUACUAUUCCAAAUUUGACCAGGGAGAUGGAAUGGCUCGUGCUCAAGGUCUGGGUGAUCUAUACGAUCCCGAAAACUCCUACAUGAGCUUCGAAGGAGUACAAUGUAAAGGCCGUGAUGCCAUACUUGCGAAAUUCAGUAGUUUGACCUUCAAGCAAAUUCAACGCGCCAUAACUAAGUGUGACUCACAACCUCUUUACGAUGGCUCGAUUCUCGUAAUGGUACUUGGUCAGCUCAAGGUUUGCUUUUCCAGACAGAUGACGACCCAAUCAAUCCAUUUUCGCAAAUUUUUAUUUUGCGACCAAACACUACCGGCUCAUUUUUUAUUGGGAAUGAAAUCUUUCGUCUUGAUCUUCACAACAACUGAAAGGCUCUUUUAUGGAGUUUUGUAUCUUUGUACCUCCCCUUCAGUUGUUUUUGCUUACAUUGUGCUUACAUGUCUCCUUGUCAUCUCGCGUGAGUUCUGCGGUUCCCUUAUGUCGUGUAUGGCGAAUCCAAGAUUAUCAGUAAUGGUGAAGGUAGCAACUAAGGGCCAGAAAGAAAUUUUUGAAGAGAACAGGAGUACUAUCAUAACUUUUGGAGCAGCAUGUUUGGUUGCAACUGUCGUACAUUGGUGCGCUUGUUUGUUCCUUUUGGAAUGCAAUAAUAAUGCAUAUAUUUACUUCGGAAUAUCGGUAUUCAUCGAGGUCGUAGCUCUUGCCUUUAUGAAGAGCAUGGCAGGUGCGCGGUUUGAUGAACGCGGCCGCGUUACUGACGCAGGUAUGGAUCUAAACGAUCCUCAAGCGUUUGGCGAAUAUUGUAAGGACGUGAUUAUUGUCACCGUUUUUGUUCAGAUUCUAGCUCUUUACUCUUCAUUCGCGUACUUGAUCCUCUUAGUAAUCCCUGCAGCUGCUGCGUACAAGGUAGACUGUUUGAUUUUCUUCGGUUUGAUACUACCAUGGAUCACUGCUCCAUCAGGAGAUAACAAUGAAGAGAUGGACGACAAGAAAAUGAGAAAACGCGAACGCCGAGAGAAGAUAGUCUAUCGAAGAUAA